UACUUCGAUAGAGGUCUUCAUGGUUUCUCUUGUCACUAUUCGAUAUGUUUGAAUUGUACAAUUACAAGCUGCCAAGUUUGUUUUUUCAAUAAUUUUUGUUAUGCGGUUCAUUCUUCUGUUUGUUUAUCGACAGAGAAAAUUAUAUUUCGAUUGCGCAGUCGAUGCAUUAUGAAUUAAUUUAUAAUUUCAUAUUAAUUAACAGUUUUGUCUGUGGUGUGAAAGUGUGCAUCUAAAAAUGACCGUUAGCGCGUCCUUUCAUCAGAAUGUUCUUUUACUAAAUCAAUUAAUCCCACCGGAUCAUGACUUCAAAGAAGUCUUCCGUGAAGGAAUGUUCGAUAAGCCGAAUACUACAGGAUUUAUAUUCGUUUCUCACUAUCUGUUGACAGUACAUGACGCUGAGCGUUUCAAAAAGCAAGUUGACUGGCCAGUAAUUUGUAAAAAGACUGAGACAAAAUAUCGUAAUAAUGUCAAGGAUUAUUUAAAUGUUAUUGCAUUGGAAAAUCCUGAUAUAGGAUUUCCACGUGUAGUCACUACACAUUUACAUCAUGCUAGCGGUACUAAAUUUAUGACUAUAAUGUGGAAAUUGUCACAGCUUGCACUAAGAACAUAUAUCAUGCAUGAUGGUGAAUACGAAGUCCCAUUUGCACCAAAAUCAGGUCUCGCAAAUGAUUUGACUACAACAUAUUUAAAACAAUCCAAAGCAAAUGUCAUUUGUAAUAUAUCGAGUCGCCAUAGAAAUUACAUACAAAUGGAGAAAGCUGUAAAUUUUGAAUUGAUAAAAGAGAAAGAAUGCUUGGCUAAAAUUAAAACAGAACUGUUUGAUAGAAAACAAUCUGUGACAAAAUAUGCAUCUAUCGCUCCUGUUGCUGAAUCUAUAAAGCAACGUUUAACAAAUAUUGAAGAUACAGAGAUCAUAUCAAUGUGGAAAAAUAGUUUAGAUUGUGAUAUGCGUUACAUACAAGAAAAGAAUGCAAUUUUGAAUGAUUUGGAAAGAAUAUGUAAAAAUGCAAGUGAUAUAAUAUCAAAUAUACUGAAUGAUACGGAAGCAGUGGAUAACAAACAGUUAGAAAAAGUUAAUUAUUCUCGGAUACCAGAAUUACUAUUUCCACCUAAUAUUCAGCGUCAUUUUUAUCAUUUAUAUGAUGAUAACAAAUUGAUAUAUCAUAAUUUUAUUUAUUUACUCACUUUGAUUCUAUAUCAAGUGUAUCAAUGCUUAAGAAAAGAAGACUUUAUGGAUCUAUCACAGUGUCUUCUACAAGUGCAAGCAAGUGCAGAAGAUAUGAAAUCUCUGUAUAAUGUAUUUAAAACUUUCUUGACAAGUAUAACAAACUCCACAGAGGAGACAAAAAGUGUUUUGUCUGCGAAAAACAUGAAGCGUAUAUCUGAGGAAAAUGCAUUACCAUUUAUAAAAAGUGUGCUCCUUAUGCCAUCGCCUCUUAUUAAAAUUAACAUUAAUUGCACAGAUGAAAAAAGCGACACGCAAUUAUUGCAUUUUACUCCGGGUGAAGCUGCACAUAAAUCAUUAUUUUCGAGAUACAUGCGGCGCAAUCAGAAUUACACGCCAGAUUUGAAAGCGAAAUUCAUAUCGCGUGUAAAUAUCGAUACUAUAUCAUCAAAUAGUAAUGAGAAACAAGGGUUGAAUAUGCGUCUUGUGACACCCAAGGUAAAACAGCUACAUAAGAGAACAAAAGGAAAUUAUUCCCGAUUAUUUUUCACGUGUACGAAUAAAAAUAUAAAAGCCAAUUUUAGCAUGAUGUCUCUGCCAUCUACCACACAAGCUAAUUCUUCUGCCAUUGCAAAUGCAGUAGAAGAAAUGUCCGAGAAAUGCUCGUCGAAUCAUUUAGAUACCAUAGCGAAAGAGUUCUUUAAUUGGAGUGAAGAGUCUCUUAAAGUUUCUUAUUCAUCCGUACAAGCCACGCCGAUAAAAGGAAACAUAUCACGAAUUGUGUCUCAAGAACAAGCAGAAGAUAAAUUCAAUCGAAAGAUCAAAGUAAAUAAACCUGAACUGGACGAAUUUACAGAAGUGAAGUUUGUUAAUGAAGAAAGUAGUACAGUUGUGAAACAUGAAACCAGUUCGAGAAGACGAUCCAUUAGCGAUUUGGUAGAACGUUAUAAGAAAUUACUGGAAACCAGUAAUUCUAUCACGGCAAAGUUACAAAAUAAUUAUGUAGAAAAUGAAAUUGAAUAAUGAAAGAGAAAAACGAAAAUACUU